GCUUGGAUGCGGCUCUACUGCGCAUGCGCCCGAGCGCUUUAAACGCCGCUAGUGGAGAGCCCGACCCACGGACUGCUGCAGUCUGGAGCCGCGCGGAAAGACCGCACACCUCAUUUAUUUCACAACGCCUAGGUGGCGAGCCCGAAUCAGCGCUUUCUUUGAUUUGUCCUCAUUCAUCGUCCUCAAACUGGUUUAUUCAUCUUAUUCGCGCCAUGGCCAACAAAGAGGAGAAAGCUGACGAGAAACAGUCGAGUUGGAAAGAUUUUAUCUACAACCCUCGGACUGGGGAAUUCAUCGGGCGCACCGCGAGCAGCUGGGCUCUUAUAUUCCUCUUUUAUCUGGUCUUCUAUGGCUUCCUGGCGGGAAUGUUCAGUCUCACCAUGUGGGUGAUGCUACAGACGCUGGAUGAGCACACUCCCACAUACAGGGACCGAGUGGCCAAUCCAGGUGAAAAUCCCACAGCCUUAAGACAUUAUUCUUUUAACAGAAUGUUCUCAGUACAGACCAGGGGUUCUCGAUUCUGGCCCUCGAGGUCCAGUUUCCUGCAGACGUACAAUGACUCUCUGCAGGAGGCGAACAAGCCCUGUCCCGAUGGUAUGUACUUUGAGCAAGACGAUGUUGAGGAGAAGAAGGCUUGCCAGUUCAAGAGAAGUGAGCUACGACAGUGCUCUGGACUGGCUGAUAGCAAUUUUGGUUAUUCCGAGGGUCAGCCAUGCAUCCUAGUCAAGAUGAAUCGAGUGAUUGGGCUUAGGCCACGAGGAGACCCACAUAUCAACUGCAUAGUCAAGAGAGAAACUCCCCUGCAGAUGCAGUAUUUCCCCAUUGAGGGCAAACUCGACAAGAGUUACUUCCCCUAUUAUGGCAAGACAUUGCAUGCAAACUACGUCCAGCCGGUUGUAGCCGUGAAGCUGCUGCUGGCCGAGGACGACUAUAACUCUGAGCUGACCAUCGAGUGCAAGGUGGAGGGUUCGGACCUGCUCAACAGCGACGACCGCGACAAGUUCCUGGGCCGCGUCAUUUUCCGUGUCAAAGUGUCCAAGUAGCCUAGAUCAUUCCCCGGAGACGCACGAUGUCAGCUCCUCUCACGCAAACCCUUCUCAUGUUCAUCACGUCCAUAUCACACACCUCGUCCCCUGUGUGACGUCCUACCAGUUCAGUCAGGGCCUUUACAUGUCAAGCGCAGUACAAAUGCUCUUUUAGGUUGAAGUUCAAAACUCGUCCUGGAUUAAAGUGUAGUUGGAUGCACACAGACCUUCACUGGCCCUGCAUUACGGACAGGUUGAUUCACCCAUUUAUCAUAAAACAAGCCAAUGGAAAUAAAAUGUCAAGGUAAAAACAAGACGCAUACUUUCUCCUCCGAUGCCUCCUCAUACGAGAGAAGCUCUUGUCAUCGUGUAGUCAGUAUAGGGACCUGUAAAUAGAUGCAUCAACACAUCAUGUGGAUGUGGUCUGCUCCCCUCAUAGUACUGUUUAGCCUGCCAUGUGUGUGCGUGUGAUGUGAAGCCUCUGUGUACAUAUUUAAUGGAUUUUAAACACUCUUUUUCUCUGUCAUUGCUCUCACGUCGUCUGACUGCUGUAAGAAAUCAAGAGUAUGAAAUUAUAUAAUAGCUGUAAUUUAAGAUUAUUGAGAAAUGAAAAAA